AUGACUCAUCGCACCCAGCACCUUGGUGCUGUUGUUGUUCGCCGGAGUUGUAUGGAUUCUUGUGCACCGCCACCUCCUAUCGAUGAUUACAAGUCGUCUCCUAUCGUAGUGAAGUUUGCACCUAUUGUGUAUCCGGAGCUCUUUAUAGAGGAUAUGGUGGAGGGCUGCGCACGAAACGAAAGAACGGGCGGAAGUGCGUCUCCCUAUGAAGACGAUUCUCCUGAAGACAACGACGAUGUUCUGAAUGGUUCGGAAGAACCGACACCGGUAGCUAGAGCAGAUAUGGAGAUGGCAAGCCCAAGUCUGGAACCGCAGACGAUGGAUCAACAGUCGGCGUCAACUGGGACUACUAUCCCGGUUGAUUACUUCCCUAUUCAACGGAGGUUCAACCAUGUACCUGUGAAUACAGUAAACUUUGCACUUCCGGAAGGUUAUUCGACUGCCCGUGAAGAUAUCCAAUUCCUUGGCUCUGGAGCUUAUGGGAAUGUGAUCAAAACAACUGUCAAAUGUCGUGAUGGAGCUAUUCGCGAAGUCGCAGUGAAGAAGUUUAGGGAUCCGUUUUCGGAUAAUACUCAGUAUCUCUUACAGGCGCGAAUGAUUUACCGUGAGAUUAAACUUUUACAAAUCAUGCGACAUGAUGGUGUAAUCCGAGCUAUUGAUCUUUACACGCCUAACAACGUGGAGCACGAAUUCAAGGAGUUAUAUGUCGUCACACAAUACGCUGGUGAUAGCAUUGUGAAAAUAUUACAUGAUCANAAAGUAACCGGCAGAGUUCAUAUUACUCCUGAGCACGUUCCGUUCAUAAUCUACCAACUUCUGAGAGUUUUGAAAUAUAUACAUUCUGCAAAUAUAAUUCAUAGGGACCUAAAACCAGGCAAUCUGGCCUUGACAUGUGAUAGUGACCUCACCGUACUGGAUUUUGGCAUGGCACGUUCAUUGGAACGCACUGAUACUUCACUAACACAAUAUGUUAUGACGAGGUGGUAUCGCAGCCCGGAAGUAAUUUAUUGGAAUAUCGACGGCUAUAAUGAGCAAGUUGAUGUGUGGUCUGUUGGCUGCAUAACGGCUGAGUUGAUGCUAGGAAAGCCGCUAUUCCCUGGGGAGGAUACGAAUGCCCAAUACGAAAUGAUAACAGAAUUAUGUGGUAGUCCUGACGAGGAGCUCAUGAGAAAGAUAGAAGCGAAUAGCCCUGCUACUCGCCGUGUUGUCGAAUCUUAUCGCCAUCAUGAACGUCAAGACUUCGCUAAACGCUUCAUAGGCUGCCCUCGUCUGUUCGUAGACUUUUUAGACAAAAUUCUUGUACUAGACCCCGAGAAAAGGCUUACGGUUGAACAGGCUUUGGCACAUCCUUAUUUUGCUGAUUAUGUGGACGCUACGGACGAACCCGUUGCCACAUCUUCAUUUGAGCUGGAUGAUAACCCAAGUAGGACGCGAGACGAAUGGAAAGUUCAUGAAGGGAACGACGAGAUUGGAUGUACUCUGGCUGUUGGUAAGGGUGUGUCCCAGCGCAGACCGAUGGCCUCGGCAGAGCCCGGUGUUUUCUUUGCCAAUUUCGGACCACCACCUCCAGAGCGUCCUCCACCUGAAGGAUUCCAUGAGGUAGAGCUUAACAAGACCAGAUGGGUUAUUCCGAAGGCUUACGAUCGAUUACGCACUCUGGGAGAAGGUGCCUAUGGAGUUGUGUGCACUGCCGAAGAUUUACGCACUGGUGAAAGAGUAGCUGUCAAGAAAUUUUUCCGUCCUUUCCAGAGUACAAUUCAUGCUAAAAGAACAUAUAGAGAGCUCAAGCUACUCCGCACUCUCAAGCAUUCCAAUGUGUUAGAGAUGAUUGAUGUAUUUACACCUGAUACUGAAGUAGCAUCGUUGAAUAAUGUGUAUUUUGUGUCCGUCUUGAUCGGCGCAGAUCUUCAAAAUAUUUUAAAAAUUCAACGCCUGACAAAUGAUCAGAUCCAAGCUUUGAUAUACCAAGUCCUUAGAGGUCUAAAGUAUAUUCAUUCGGCUGGUAUUGUACACAGAGAUUUGAAGCCGUCAAAUAUCGCUGUUAAUGAGAUCGGAGAAGUUAAGAUUCUCGACUUUGGCCUUGCUCGAACAGCUGAUCACGAAAUGACGGGCUACGUGGCGACUAGGUGGUAUCGAGCUCCAGAAAUCAUGCUUAAUUGGAUGCAUUAUACACAGACCGGUGAGUGA